UCUAAUUAAGAAACUACUCAGUUUGACUAGAGGAAGGGCUAUAGUCUGGAAUCUGGAGAAGGAAACUUGGAGGUGACUGCUAAUUUUCCAACAAAAAUCAAUGGAGAAGCAGAGCUGUGGUGAGAUUUAUAACUGCAUGAUCAAGCAGAGAACCAAUCGUCAAAGAAGAAAAGACAAAGUUUACAUUGGUUGUGGAGCUGGGUUUGGAGGUGACAGGCCAAUGGCGGCUCUGAAGUUGCUUAACAGAGUCAAAGAGCUGGAUUAUAUUGUUCUUGAAUGUUUAGCAGAACGUACCCUUGCUGAGCGGUACCGGGCUAUGGUGUCUGGUGGUGAUGGCUAUGAUUCUAAUAUUUCAGAGUGGAUGUCUUUGCUACUACCUUUGGCUGUGGAAAGGGGAACUUGUAUUAUUACCAACAUGGGUGCAAUGGAUCCACUUGGUGCUCAAGAGAAGGUUUUAGAAAUAGCCAGCAGCCUAGGGCUCAAUGUGUCUGUUGCUGUGGCUCAUGAGGUCUUUGUUAAUGAGUCAGGUUCAGGACCCUUGUCUGAGAAGCCAGUUGUCAUGGACGGUAAGGGUAUUAGCACAUAUCUGGGAGCUGCUCCAAUAGUUGAAUGUUUGGAAAGAUACCAACCAAAUGUUAUAAUUGCUUCAAGGGUUGCUGAUGCUGCACUAUUCUUAGCACCAAUGGUUUAUGAACUGGGCUGGAAUUGGGAUGAUUUGGAGCUAUUAGCACAGGGAUCUCUGGCUGGCCAUCUUCUAGAGUGUGGUUGUCAACUCACAGGGGGAUACUUCAUGCAUCCAGCGGACAAGCAUAGAAACUUGUCGUUCUCACAUCUGCUGGAUCUAUCACUGCCAUAUGCUGAAAUUUCGUUCAGUGGGGAAGUAUGUGUCAUGAAGGCAGAAGGUAGUGGUGGGGUUUUAAAUUUCAGUACAUGUGCUGAACAACUACUUUAUGAAGUUGGGGAUCCAAGUGCUUAUAUUACACCUGAUGUUGUAAUUGAUUUUCAGGGUGUCUCAUUCCAGCCAUUAACUAGCUCUAAAGUUCUCUGUAUUGGUGCAAAGCCUUCUGCUCAUCCUGUACCUGAUAAACUUUUGCAGUUGGUUCCAAAGGAUUGUGGAUGGAAAGGAUGGGGUGAGAUAUCGUAUGGAGGAUAUGAAUGUGUUAAACGUGCUAAAGCUGCUGAAUUUCUGGUUAGGUCAUGGAUGGAAGAGGUAUUUCCUGGUGUCAGUUGCUGUGUUCUUUCUUAUAUAAUUGGACUUGAUAGCUUGAAAGCUACCAGCAUUGAUAACUAUUCAUCAACAUGGAAGGCAAGUGAAGAUAUUAGACUACGCAUGGAUGGAUUGUUCCAGGAGAAGAAACAUGCAGAGCAACUUGUUAAAGAGUUUACUGCAUUAUAUACAAAUGGACCAGCCAGUGGUGGUGGUAUCAGCACUGGCCUCAAGAAGGAGAUUGUUCUGGAAAAGCAAUUGAUUGGACGUGAACAUAUUUUCUGGCGGAUAGCAGCAAAGCAAACAGAAGUCAGUGAAUCAAAAUGUCAGAAACAUGUCUUUCGAGAUGUUAUGAAGGACUGCGUUUUGCAUGAACCCACAUUGCCACCAUUCCCAGAAGAAGAUAUUCACAAUUCUUCAUCACCAGAAAUUGGCCUCUCUGCUACUCAGUCUAGGCAAAAGAUUCCGCUAUAUAGUGUAGCCCAUAGUAGGGCUGGAGAUAAAGGAAACGACUUGAAUUUCUCCAUCAUCCCAUAUGUUGUGCAGGAUGUGGAGAGGCUGAAGAUUAUCAUAACACCCCAGUGGGUAAAGGGUGUGGUCUCAGUCCUCCUGGAUUCAUCUCCAAAAGCCAUUGAUGAGACAGAGAAAUGGAUGGAUGAACAUGUUAAGGUAGAAAUAUACGAAGUCAAAGGAAUUCAUUCUUUAAAUGUUGUGGUCCGGAACAUUUUAGAUGGUGGUGUCAACUGCUCCCGGAGGAUUGAUCGGCAUGGCAAGACCAUCUCAGAUCUUAUAUUGUGCCAGCAUGUGGUGUUACCUUCAUGAUUUUCCAUUUUCCAUUUCCAUGCUCAAAAGUUGUGACUAUCAUAACAAUUGUUAUGUGAAGCUUCAUUCGCAUAUGAAUUGAACACCACUUGUUAAUAAAAUUUGUGCAGGAAGUAGGCUUCAUGCCAUGGAAACUUGUGAAUAAAAGUUGGCUUUCUGAGUA